UGCAUUAAGAAGCUCCGUAGAAUCGUUGCCUAUUGUUUAAGAUUUCGUACAUCCAACAAGUUUAAAGGUCCUCUUACCGUUGAGGAAAUUCGCGACGCCGACGAGCGAAUUAUUAAAAUGGUCCAGUCUUCAUCGUUCGCGCAAGAGAUAAAGGAUCUACAAAACGGGUCAAAACUGCAAUCUAUUAGUAAAUUAUUGCCACUACAACCUUUCAUCGAUGGAAAGGGAAUAUUACGGGUUGGUGGUCGACUACAGAACGCAGCAAUUCCAUUCGACGAAAAGCAUCCGAUACUGCUUCCGAAAAAUCAUCCCAUCACAGUUUUAAUUAUUCGCAACGCGCAUUUGGAAGGACACCAUCUAGGCAUCAAUUCCACGUUAUACAAUAUUCGACAGCGUUACUGGCUCAUCGACGGCAAAAACACCGUACGGAAGAUUGUCCGUCAGUGCGUCAGGUGCUUCCGUAUUAACCCUCCGGUAACGAAAUAUAUUAUGGGCAAUCUACCUGCUACGCGCAUUUCGGAAAGCAGGCCCUUUACUAAUUGCGGCAUCGACUACUGCGGUCCGUUUUUCAUAAAGGAGCGACGCGUGCGAAACCGCUCCCGUAUUAAAAUCUAUGUCGCGGUAUUUAUUUGUUUCGCAACCAAGGCCGUGCACCUUGAGGUGGUCAGUGACAUGACCACGGAAGCUUUUAUUGCCGCAUUCAAAAGAUUCAUCGCGCGAAGAGGAAUAUGUCGAAAUGUCUAUUCGGACAACGGGACAAAUUUCGUAGGGGCGAAUAAAGAGUUACUGGACAUACAACGAAAACUUCAAGAGGACGAAAAGGUUCGGCAUUUUUUGGUGGAUAAGCGAAUUUCAUGGCAUUUCAUGCCAGCCUUGUCACCGAACUUUGGAGGUUUAUGGGAGGCCGCCGUUAAAUCUUUUAAACAUCACCUGAAACGCGUCGUCGGUGAGGAAUUGUUUACGUUUGAACAAUUCAACACGUUUGUCAUUGAGAUCGAGGCUAUCCUUAACUCUCGUCCUCUCGUUCCGCUAUCCUCUGACCCUAACGAUCCCUCAGCCUUAACCCCUGCCCAUUUUCUGAUUGGUAAUUCUUUAACGAGUUUGCCCGAGGUUGAUUUUAGCGAAACACCAUCGAAUCGUCUAUCAAAAUGGCAACACAUUCAGAAGGUGAAGCAGGAUUUCUGGUCCAGGUGGUAUAAAGAGUAUAUACACCAAUUAAACGUGCGCCAAAAGUGGACCAGAGGCUCGCACGAGAUCAAGGAGGGAUCCCUUGUUGUCAUGAAGGACGAUCAUCUACCACCGCUCCAGUGGCAUCUCGGUCGUGUGGAGAAGAUUCAUCCCGGUCAGGACAACAUCAUCAGGGCAGUCACCGUUCGGACUUCCCAUGGCAGCUACAGGAGGAACGUGCAGAAGUUGGCUCAGCUUCCGAUAGCUGACUCUGAGGAAUGCGUCACGGCAUCGUAG